UAGGGCGAGCUGCGGCCGCGUCCAGGAACUAAGGGAGAAUUGGGCAAUCUCUGCUGUGGCACUAUGGGCUGCUGUCGACGCCUCGACAGCGCCCCUAGCGGCCAGCGCCCGAGGCCGCCGCUUCAGCAGCCUCAUAUGUCCAGCCGGCCCUGUUACUGUAUUUACAAAUUUAGCACCAAAAUAUCAUGAUAUAUUGAAAACAUUGACUACAAAAAUGGCUUGGAUUAUCCAGAGGCUUGGAUAAGCGAGGCUUGGAUAAGUGAGACUCUACUGUAUAUUAAAAUGUAUCAUUUUAGGCUAGAGAAAUCUUGUGCAAUAUAUUCAGGCCCAGAAAUCGGUGGUAUUCCAAUGUAAUUACUCAAAAACCUGCAAACACCACCAGGUCUUCAGUUCCUUACGGAAACUGGAUAAUGUAGGGGAUUGCCUGAACUCUUUUGGCAAUGCAUUCCAGAGCCGGGGGGCCACUGCCGAGAAGGCUUGUUCCCUCGUCCCCACCAGCCGCACAUUCAUAUCCUGGUCUCCUUGGCCCCUUCCACACAGCUGAAUAAAAUGCCACAUUAUCUCAUUUGAAAUGGAAUAUAUGGCAGUGUGGACUCAGAUAACCCAGGCCCUUUCAGACAAGCCCUAUAUCCCAAGAUCUGAUCCCAGUCUUUCUGCAUUAAACUGGAUUAUAUGAGUCCCCACUGCCAGAUAAUCUGGGAUAAACAGAAAACCUGGGACCUGACCCAGGGAUUUAGGGCCUGCCUGGAAGGGCCCUCAGUUCAAAGCAGAUAUUGUGGGAUUUUCUGCCUUGAUAUUCUGGGUGAUAUGGCUGUGUGGAAGGGCCCCUUGGUGUGUUUUUAUCUUUUACACUCAUUGUUUUUCUAACAUUUUAUAUUGAUAUUUUGUAUUUAUAUACAGUAGAGUCUCGAAUCUCGAUUAUCCAACCUUCACUCAUCCAGCGUUUUGUGUUAGCCAACACAGUCUGCCUUUUAGUAGUCAAUAUUUUUGUAGUCAAUGUUUUCAAUACAUUGUGAUGUUUUGGUGCUAAACUCUUAAAUACAGUAAUUACUACAUAACUUUACUGUGUAUUAAACUGCUUUUUCUGUCGUUUUGUUGUAAAAUAUGAUAUUUUGGUGCCUAACUUGUAAAAUCAUAACGUAAUUUGAUGUUUAAUAGGCUUUCCGUUAAUCCCUCCUUAUUAUUCAACAUUUUCACUUAUCCAACGUUCUGACACCCGUUUAUGUUGGAUAAGCAAGACUGUACUGUAUUACUGUAUAUACUCAAGUAUAAGCCUAGUUUUUCAGCCCUCUUUUUAAGACUGAAAAAGCCCCCCUCGGCUUAUACUCGGGUGAGGGUCCUGGUUGGCUUAUAUUUGGGUCAGCUUAUACUCGAGAAUAUAUGGUACAUUUGUUUUUCUCUAUUAUUAUUGAUAUUAUUACAUUUAUUAUUUUUCUCUAUUAUUGUUGCUACUAUUACAUUUAUUUUACUCUAUUAUUAUUAUUAUUAUUAUUAUUAUUAAUGCAUUUAUUAUUUCACUCUGAUCUUAUUAUUAUUAUUAUUGAAUUUAUUAUUUUACUCUAUUAUUACAUGUAGUAUUUUCCUGUAUUUAUUAUUAUUAUUAUUAUUACAUGUAUUAUUUUACUCUAUUAAAAGGAUACAUAAGCACAUUUACAUUGAAGAAGAUGGGAAUAAUGAUUUGAUCAGAGUUGCACAGUCUUAUCUUAAAUUUGAGCUUUAUGUAAAUAUUCAAAAACAUUUAACCUACUGAUGCCUCGAUUAAUGUAAUUUUAUUGGUAUCUAUUUUUAUUUCUGAAAUUUACCACCCUCGGCUUAUACUGGAGUCAAUGUUUUCCCAGUUUUUUGGUGGUAAAAUUAGGUGCCUCGGCUUAUAUUCGGGUUGGCUUAUACUCGAGUAUAUAAGGUAUAUUUAUUUGCCAUAUUUUUUAAUCCUGUUGUGUAGUGUCAUGUCAUUGUUAGCCGCCUUGAGUCCUUAUGAGGAGGAAGGCGGGAUAAGAAAUAAGUAAAUUAGAGUAAUGGUCCUCAAAUCACAAAUGCCAACCUUGUGUGCAUUUAUGCUACAGAAUUAAUGCAGUUUGACACCACUUAAACUGCCAUGGCUCAGUGCUAUGGCAUCCUGGGAGUUGCAUUUUGAUGAGGCACUCACUCUUUGGCAAAGAAGAUUGAAAAGCUAUGGUCCUUAAAGUGGUGCCAAACACAUUAAUUUUACAGUGUGGGUGGACCAAUUGGCUGAGAUUGUGACAGAUUUGCUUUCUGAUGGCACACAAACCUAUUAUUGUUAUAAUUAUUAUAUUAUAUCCCUCUUGCAUCUAGACUGUAAUGCAGAGUGGCAAUUGAGACGCAAACUUCGUUACAUCUGUGAAAUUAUUAAAAAUAUUAUGGAAAACAUUAAUCAUCUGGCUGUGGUGUACAGGCAGUUACCAAGCUACGAACAAAAUAGGUUCUAGGAAUGUCAUACUAUCUCCAUGAAGAAAAUCUCCCUGAUAGAGGGCCUAUAUAUGUUCGAGAAAAUGGACAGCUAUAUAAAGUGAAUAAAAAUACAGGAAGAGUAAACAACCGUGCUGUAAAUCCAGGGCCUUCAAGGCUGUUCUCCAAAGGAUUCUCUGUUGAGCUUUAUGUGAACAGAGGUAAUGACAACGGAAGGACAGAUCAUUUCAUCUUCACCUACACCAAGGAGGGAAAUCUGCGCUAUUCGGCCAAAUCUCUCUUCAACUUAGUCUUGAGUUACAUUGCUGACAACAUGAAUCAUGUUGAUUCAUUGAUUGGCUUUCCUGAGCAGAUAGCAGAAAAGCUUUUCUAUGCAGCAGAUGCGAGACAGAAGUUUUCAGACUCAAGAACAGGACUUUGUGCCCUGCAGAAAUUUACAGAGGUUUACGGAAGUUUAGUACUUCAAACGCUAUGCUUGAAAAAGAGCUAUCUAGUUAUUUCUGAAAAACUUGAAGAAAUUAAAUCCUUCCAGGGUCUUGUUUGUUUGGAUUUGUCCUGUUGUAAACUUGGAGAUGAUCAUGACCUCUUACAACAUAUCACAAAUGCAACACUAUCCAGCCUAGUUCGCCUUCUCCUGAAAGAUAAUUGCUUAUCAGAUGCUGGUCUUCGCAAAAUGACUGCACCUGUUCGGAUUAUGAAAAGGGGUCUUGAAAAUCUAACAGUUCUAGAUUUAUCUUAUAAUCCAGAAAUCACCCAUAUGGGAAUUGGGUACCUGCUUUCUUUCAAAAAGCUGAACUAUUUGGAUCUCUCUGGGACUGGCCUAAAGUGCUCAAAGACAACCAUUUAUCAGAUCCAAACAAAAAUAGGUCUGGUUCAUUCUGAAGAGUCUUUGAAAGAAUUUGAUCAUAACAACUGCAAAACAGAAGGUUGGGCUGAACAGACUGUCUUGCAAUGGCAGCAUGCAAUCUUAGAAUCAAUUAAGGCAAAAGAAAAAAUGAAAUCUAGAACAUCAACUCAACGUUUCUAUGGAAAAAGACGCAAAAAAGAAGAACCUCUACAAGAAUUUCUAGAAGAGAAGCAAAGCAAGACUUCUGAGAAUUUGCAGUUCUACAGGAAAAGCACAGAUAUGGCAAACCUUUCUGCACUGCAAGGAAAAACUGAGAUGAAUGAAGAAUUACAGAAUAAAAAGCGUGUUACACUUGAACAGAAAGAACAGACUUUUCAGUCAAAGCAUUUUACGUUUUCAGUGGAAGAUUUGGACUUGCUAAAUUCUUACUGAAUUCAGUUUAUAAAAAUGCUGUGUAUUUUACAAAGAAACCCUUUUUAAAAUGAUAUUGCUGAAAAUUCUAAUAAAGUAAAUUUAUACUGUG